AUGCCCCGUGGUGAAGUUUGGCAUGGUAAGGUAGUUAUGACCAGAAUCAAGCUUCUUUCUGCGUCAUCAUCUUGCUUCCGACAACCAAUCUCUGAGUCUCAUGAUGCAAUCACAGCAGAGAAUGCCACAAAACAUUUUGACAAUGCGCGUGCGAGUCAAUUUACGCGCCAGCAGGCGUGUUUAAUGGCGGCGGGGGUCUGGUUUUAG